AAAAUCAGCCCGUGGUUCAGACUGGAUGUGUCUUCCAUUUAUGAUAAGCGCAGCAGCAACAAAGGUUGAUAAGAAGAAAUGGCUGACGGCUGCGCUUGGUUCCUGGUGCUGGGAUCUGUCUUUUUGUGCAAUCUCUUCAAAAUACUGUUGCCGACCAUUUCCUCUUUCCUGUCGAAGGUCCUUCAGAACGAUGUUGAGCAGGAGAGGGAUAUGAGGGCUGAGAUCCAGGAGAUGAAGAAGGAGCACAACUCCGUUAGCAUGAUGGAUGAGUUUGCCAGAUACGCCAGACUAGAGCGCAAAAUCAACAAGAUGACUGACAAGCUGAAGACACAUGUCAAGUCAAGAACUGCUCAACAAGCCAAAAUGAAAUGGAUGGUGAAUAUUGGUUUUUAUAUCCUGCAGGCUGCUCUGAUGAUCUCACUGAUUUGGAAGUAUUAUGCUGACCCAGUGACUGUUGUACCCAGUAAGUGGAUUGCCCCCCUGGAGCAGAUGGUGGCUUUCCCAUCUAGAGUAGCAGGUGGUGUUGGAAUCACAUGCUGGCUGGUGGUGUGCAACAAAGUGGUGUCUAUUGGUCUACAUGCUGUUAGCUAAGGAAUGGUAUCUUCUCAUGUCUUAUUUAUUCCCUAAAUGUUCUGAGAAUGAAGUCAGGCAGUGUUACUCAGCGCUUUGAUAUUAAAGUUUAAACCGGUACUGUUGGUAAGCACCUUUUUACAAAGCACCCCAUAUUCAAACGUUGCCUUACAUUGCCAGUGUUAUUGCACAUAUUUGACGGUCCCUCAUGUUGGCUUUGGAAUUGUAUGUUUUUCACAGGUUGCUACUCUGCGAAAUGAUUGUAAGAGCAUGUUUUAAUGAGCAUGUAUUUAAAUCUCAUUCCAACUUAUUGAGAUGAGUUGAGCAAGAAGUGUUAAAAUUGUUUAAUUGUUAUGUCAUUUUGUUAAUUUGUUAUUCAUGUUAAUUGUAGGCCUGGUAUGUGGCAACAUUUUCAAUUUGCUGAACUAAUAUCACAAAGUUUACUGUUUGGGUUUUGGAAGUGUUGAAGUAUGCAUAAGAAAAUAUGCGUACUUCAACACAAUAAAGAAUUUGAAAUCUGAA